AUUUGAUACAAGCUGGGCUGUGGCUGGCUGUCUCCAUCCUCAUGAUUUAUUUAAAACAAGCAGAUCCCACUGCUGCCGAGUCACCAUGGCUGCAGAGAGAGGAGGGGAGGAGUGUGAGAGAGGUGGAGUGAGUGUAUGUGUGUGUAUGCGUGUGUGCACACGUACAGAGGUGCUGUAGUCUUGCAGGCCCUGCAUUGGACAAGGAACCACUGAAAUGUCUCAGUUUGGACAAUCACAGAGGAGCUACAGGGGAAGCUGUAAUAUGAAUGCUAUGCAUUUGCUUUUUGUUUUGCUGUACUGGCAAGGUGUGAACACAGAGACCACUUUCUCUCCAGUGACUGACGAUUUUGUUACAUCACGUAGGACUGUAGUACAUAAAGGUCAAAGUCAUGUCAUCGUUGAAGAGCUUGAAAUCCUGAAACCCCAAAGCGUAGAGCUUUUGUGUAACCUGACUGACAUACCAAGUAAACCUUCAAACAUAACAGGCUAUUGGAGAAAAGAUGGCAAUGAAAUUGAAAACUCCCAGCAAACUAUUUACAGGCACAAUGAACAAUAUAUCCUUAAAAAGAUCUUUAAUAUCCAGGCCAGUGAUCUAGGAAAUUACUCAUGUAUCUUCGGCUAUUUGGGAAAAGAGGAACAAGCUACUUUUGUUUUAAAAGUGCCUGCAAUUAAAGACAAGCGAGACAGGCCCAUAGUCAGCUAUGUUGGAGAUUCAGUUGUACUGGAGUGUGGCAUCAAGCGCACACCGAACACAUGGGAAUGGUACAAAACCAAUGGCACUGAUAAGAAUCUUAUCAAUGCCACCGCUGACCCCACACACUACAAGAUCCUCUUAGCCAAAAAUAUCACCAAACUGACCUUGCUGAACUUGACUGAGGAAGACUCCGGUAAAUACAAAUGCAGCGCAAUUUUCGAUAUCAAACCCACUGAGUCGCAGUUGGACCUCAAAGUUCUGUCCUUCACUGAGCCACUCAAGCCUUUCGUGGCCAUAGCUGCUGAAGUCGUCGUCCUCGUCACUCUCAUCCUUCUCUAUGAGAGACACAGCCACAAGCAGAAAGGUCCCUCUGGAACCACAGAGAAUGGAGUAUAUGAACAUGCACCGACACAGGAGGAGAACGCCACGGAGGAUGGAGGGACCACAAUGAGACAGAGGAAAGUGGAGCACUAACACAGCUGUUUCAUUCUUUAGUAAACUUGCUGAUCCAAAACAUUCAGCGUACUAAAGUUACGUAUAACUUUAGUAUUAUAAUGUUAUGAGAACAGCAAAAGAACCUAUAUCAUCCUCUUGAAGAAAUUUGGGUGCUACAUUUAGAACAGUGUACAUACACUUAUCAAGAACACUAUGCUUAAAUCUCAUGAGCAAUACAACAUAGUGAAGCAAUAUUAAAUUAUAUAUGAAUAAUAAACGUAAACAGGGUCCAAAUGUUUGUCCUAAUGCGCUCCGUAAUGUGAUGUUUCUUGUGCUUGCCUUGUCUACUAAUCCAGAAAAACUCCACAGGGUUCCAUGUUGUGUAAAGAUGAUCUCUAAAGCAGUUAAAUCCACUUAAAAAUGUGAAGAUAUAAAAUUGAGUAUUGAGUUUUGGAUUUGAAUUAUUGUACAGAAACAAUAAAAUCUGCUUAGCAUUCUAGUAAAACAAAAUAAAGUUUUAAGAUAAUAUUCCUAUUGUAUAAAUAAAAGUGCAAAUCUGGUGACUUUCAAGCAUUCAUGACCAUAAUGUUUACAUGUCAUUUCAGUGUCUUUGUUGCUUCAGUAGCAGACGGUUGCUUAUUAUUUCCUGUUUUUUGGGUUUUCAAGCAUGUGAAAGCAUCCUAAGACUCUAUAACAUGUUUAAAAUGAAAUGCCUUUUUACUAUCAAAGGUAUGUGCCUCUAAAUGCUUUUAGCAUCAUUUAUGCAAUAAUAUACAGCAAAACUACCAGUAUUAAAUGGCUUGCAGAGUAAUGUAAAAAGUUGUUGUGUUGUGUGUCUUUGUAUUAAAUGGCAGUUGAGAGAUGACAUAUCACCAGAAUAA